AUGUUGGUUCUGUUUGAAACUUCUGUUGGCUACGCCAUCUUUAAGGUUUUAAAUGAGAAGAAACUUCAAGAGGUUGAUAGUUUAUGGAAAGAAUUUGAAACACCAGAGAAAGCAAAUAAAAUAGUAAAGCUAAAACAUUUUGAGAAAUUUCAAGAUACAGCAGAAGCAUUAGCAGCUUUCACAGCUCUGGUGGAAGGCAAAAUCAAUAAGCAACUGAAAAAAGUACUGAAGAAAAUAGUAAAAGAAGCCCAUGAACCCUUGGCUGUAGCUGAUGCUAAAUUGGGAGGAGUCAUUAAGGAAAAGCUGAAUCUCAGUUGCAUCCAUAGUCCUGUUGUUAAUGAACUUAUGAGAGGAAUCCGUUCACAGAUAGAUGGAUUAAUCCCUGGGGUAGAACCACGUGAAAUGGCUGCUAUGUGCCUUGGACUCGCCCACAGCCUUUCUCGAUACCGAUUGAAAUUUAGUGCUGAUAAAGUGGAUACAAUGAUUGUUCAGGCAAUUUCCUUACUAGAUGACUUGGAUAAAGAAUUGAACAAUUAUAUUAUGCGCUGUCGAGAAUGUGAAUUACAGAAGUCAAAGACACAGAUUGGAGUGAGACAGUACAGAAAGGAAGAAGAGAUGUUACAGAUGAUGGAGUAG